ACAGAACAGAGUAUUUUAAUAGUCUAAUAGUUUGCUUGCAGAUAUCAUUUACAGUUCCACUCAUCCGUCGCGCAGCUGAAGCUUCAGUUGGAGACUGUGCACUGUAAACGGAGAGGCUGUGCUUUCUGGAGGAGGCUCAGGAGACCGAAGAAGGUGUAAAUCUGUGCAGCAAACUCCACACUUUAUCCACAUGGCAGAGCCCAACUUUCCCCCACUGCCGGGAUUCAUUCCAGUCAAGCCAUGCUUCUACCAGGACUUUGAUGAGAUCCCUGAACAGCACCGCAGCAUGUGCAAAAAAAUGUACCACCUGUGGAUGUUGAAUACUGCUACUCUUGUGGUGAAUCUCAUUGGCUGCUUUGCUUGGAUGUUUGGUGGAGGUGGCGUGACCAACUUUGGACUGGCUAUCAUCUGGCUAAUCAUGUUCACUCCCUGCUCUUAUGUCUGUUGGUUCAGGCCCAUCUACAAGGCCUUCAAGACUGACAGCUCCUUCAACUUCAUGCAGUUCUUUUUCGUGUUCAUGGCCCAAGUUGGCAUCAGCAUUAUCCAGUGCAUAGGCAUCCCUGGUUGGGGAGUAUGUGGUUGGUUGGCCACCAUCUCCUACUUCAGCUAUAACAUUUUGAUUGCACUGAUCAUGUUGGUCCCUACUAUCAUGUUCACUGCAGUGGCCUCACUGUCCUUCAUCGCCCUCACCAGGAUCCAUAAUUACUACCGUGGCAGUGGGGCCAGCAUGUCCAAAGCUCAGGAGGAAUGGACUACAGGAGCCUGGAAGAACCCUCACGUCCAGGCUGCGGCCCAGCAGGCAGCCAUGGGUGCGGCUGCUGGAGCCAUGCAGGAACAGUACUCCAGCCCACAAUAUAAUGACAACCAGAUGUAGCCUAGAGGUGUUUAAGGAAAGAUGUGUCAGUUAUGCCAAAGUUUGA